AUGCCGCCGAGAAAGCGCAAAUCCGAUGUUGUCGAUUUAGUCGAAGAUGAAGAUGACGCUCGUGCAGCAAAAAUCAAUCGAUCAGCCCCUUACUUGGACCCACAGAACAUCAGUAAUGGAGAGAGAUUUGGCCAAAGUGCUGAGUUUCUGCCAUUGAGCCAGAUCUCUCAGUUUGCCGGCGCCGAUGAUGAGGAUGCACAAGCUGCUGAGCUUGUUCAGGGGAGUCAAGCCUUGGACGAGUCUGGGCUGUCUAAUACUAUGCUUUAUGGCAGUUUGGAGACCAAGAUUGUGGGAGUUCGUUUCUACCGGGGAAUCGCUACCCCGGGAGAGUAUGUGAUCUUGAAACGAGAGCCCCGAAAUCAAUACGAUCGCAAUGCGAUUCGAGUUGAUAAUAUCAUGGGCAUUCAGAUCGGCCACAUUGGAAGGGGACUUGCUGCCAAGCUCGCUCCCUAUAUGGACCCCAAAGACCUCCAUGUUGAGGGAAUCUUGUCUGGGGAAAAGCGGGAUUAUGACUGCCCUGUGUUGUUGCGCAUGUACGGUACAACCGACCCAGAGGAGAGGAUCGUUCUAAAGCAACGGAUGCAGAAGGAUAAACUUCCUGUACGUGAAUUGGUGGAAGCCGAGCGUCAGGAGAAAAAGCGUCAGAAGGAAAUGGCCGCGGACCGGGCCAAAGCUGAAAAGGCGGCUCGAGUCAUGUCACUCAAGAGAAGUGCGGCCGGGUGGCAAGGCGAUGAGGAAGCGGAGAGAUUGUUUGCCAACCUGAGCACGCCAACAGGUCUCGGUGAGGACACAGAAACCAUAGAGGAACUACUCAAUCAAAGUAGCUCGUUCAAUCCCAGAGAGAUUGGACAGGUUGUGGAGAAUUUCGGACAAAAAGAGUCCGACAUGGCCAAGAUGCCUAUGGUUGAUACUCCAGCUGGUCUUUCUACCGAGCUACUUCCUUAUCAAAAGCAAGGCUUAGCGUGGAUGAUCAACCGCGAAUCCCCGACUCUUCCACCACCUGGUUCCGAUGCAGUGGUUCAGUUAUGGAAGCGCAAUGGCAAGAAUUUUACCAAUAUUGCAACCAACUUUUCAUCAUCCACUGAGCCGGUACUUUCCAGUGGUGGAAUUCUCGCUGAUGAUAUGGGCCUUGGAAAGACGAUCCAGAUUAUCUCCCUGAUCCUGGCCAACUCCGAGCCCAAGACAUCGGGAUCCAGCAAGACCACGUUGAUUCUUGCCCCAGUGGGUGUAAUGAGUAACUGGCGGAACCAGAUUCAAGACCAUUGCCGAAGCGAAACCAUGCCGCGUGUUUUAAUCUACCAUGGAGCUGGCAAGAAAGAGGCUGCAAAUCUGGCCAAGUAUGACGUGGUUAUCUCGAGCUACGGCGCCCUCAGCCUGGAAUACAAGGCGUACAUGAAGACCGGGAAGAAGACACCUGCUAAUGGCAUUUUCGCGGUACAAUGGAGGCGAGUUGUUCUUGACGAGGGCCACAGCAUUCGAAACCCUCAGUCGCAAAGCUCUCAAGCAGCUUGCGCCUUGCGCGCAGACUCUCGUUGGACGCUUACUGGAACGCCAAUCAUCAACACUCUCAAGGAUCUAUACUCGCAAGUGCGCUUCCUGAAGCUUUCUGGGGGCUUGGAUGAUAUGGGUGUUUUUAACAGCGUCCUGAUCCGUCCUCUCACAUCCGGGGAACCUGAGGCUCGUUUGCUUCUUGAGGCCUUGAUGGGUACUAUCUGUCUCAGACGGCGAAAGGACAUGGAUUUCAUUAACCUCAAACUCCCCAAGCUCACUUCUCGCGUUCUUCGUGUCAAAUUCCAUCCUCAUGAGCUCGAGAAGUACAGUGCCUUCCAAUCCGAGGCAAAAGGCGCUUUGUUGGAGUUCAAGGAUAAGCAAGGAACAUACUCCCAUCUUCUGGAGGUCAUUUUGCGCCUUCGUCAAGUUUGCAACCACUGGGCCCUGUGCAAGAACCGUAUCGACAAGCUCAUGGAAACCCUGGGUAAAAACAAAGUCGUGGAACUUACUCCGGAGAACAUGAAAGCUUUGCAGGACAUGCUGCAGCUUCAGAUUGAAAGCCAGGAAGUGUGUGCGAUCUGUCUUGAUAACUUCGAUCAACCCGUAAUCACUGCUUGUGCCCACUCAUACUGCAAGGGCUGCAUCGAGCAAGUCAUUGAACGACAGCACAAGUGCCCACUCUGUCGUGCUGAUAUCAAAGACAACACAAAUUUGGUCGCGCCAGCCAAAGAAUUGAACGGGGAGGAUGAAGGCAGUGUUGACGUGGAUCCCAGCAAUCCUAGUAGUAAGAUCGAGGCUUUGAUCAAGGUUUUGACUGCUCCAGGUCAGGCACCUGGAACUAAGACGGUGGUCUUUAGCCAAUGGACUUCCUUCCUCGACCAUGUGGAGCCCCAUCUGGCUCAGCGCGGGAUCAACUUUGUUCGGGUUGACGGCAAGAUGAACGCUGAAAGACGCGACGUGUCCAUCAAUGCCUUCACUACCAAACCCGAGUGCACUGUUCUUCUCGCAAGUCUCAGUGUUUGCAGCGUUGGACUUAAUCUCGUUGCUGCCAACCAAGCCAUUCUCGCUGAUAGUUGGUGGGCCCCCGCUAUUGAGGAUCAAGCAUUGGACCGCGUGUACCGGCUGGGACAAAAGCGAGAGACUACUGUGUGGAGACUCAUUGUGGAGGACAGUAUUGAGGAGCGUGUGCUAGACAUCCAGAGCCGCAAGCGUGAAUUGAUGCUUGCUGCAUUCCGCGAGACGGGCAAGAAGAAGGCAGAGGACCGAGCGACUCGUGUGGCGGAUCUUGAAAGUCUUAUAUUUUAG